GCCGCUACGGAAUUAUUUGGGUUGCCUCUCAAGCAUUACGAGGUCACCGUCUCCGCUUGCCGCUACGUGGUGUUCUUCCUUCAACGUGAACCGGAGGCGUAAAUUCCGCUUUGCUCCUCCAGUACAACGAACGCCUACUGCCGAGGGACAAAUGCCACGUUUGUCCCUCUUUCACGCUGGUGAAAGGAAGCGGUUCAUUGCCUUCCGUCGCUUUCCAACGUGCAGCGCUGUCGCCGCGUUGCGCAGGCAACCACAUGUUAGGCUCGCACCCUUGCUGAAGACGUCCGCUCUGUCCGACACGUGGACAGGACGCUGCUUUUGCUUCACCCUGCCAGGCAGCACCCGUCACACGCUCAACCAAGAUGCGUCGUUAGCAUUCGAUGAGGAAUCAAACUCCCACGAUCCAUCCACGGAGACGCCACGACGAGGGGUAAAUACGAAACAACUCGUGGAGUCCCUUGAGCAGGUCAACCAACUCCAAUCCCGUUUAUUGCUUCAGUUUGUGAACUUGCCACUUGAUCGGCGAGUGCUCUACCGCGACCAUCUCCUGCAAGAAUCGGUGACCCGCUAUCAAAAAGGACUGAGAAACGUUUUCCUCGCGCUGCAACGGCACGUGGGGAAUUCCGCAGCCGCGCAAAACGGAUUUCCUCCGUUGACGCGUGCGAUGCUGCAAAGCAUGAAGACUGCGUGGCUUACGCUGAAAGGCCUAUCGCCCACACCACCCAAAGACGCCGCGUUGAAAGGCGCGCACUUGGAAGAAAUUCGCUCCUUUUAUUCCGCCUUGUUGUGUUCCGGCCUGCCUACCCGUGAACGCGAUGUGGGACUGGUGCUGGAGGAGUUGCAAAGCAGCGAGCUGCUCGAGCCCAGUGCGAGUUUUUACGAAUCCGUAUUCAUUGCAUCGUGGACCUUAACGGAUGUGCAGCGACCGCCAGCCGUAGGAGAGGCGACGAGGACGGCGUCGACAACAGCUCGCGACACCACUUCUUUCUCGUCCGUAUCGCCAGAUCUCGUCGUCGGUGAAGCCAAACAACUGCGACGUGACCUCGCCGGCGACCUCGCUUGCCACUACAUGGGUCACGCCUUGGCUCAGCCGGUGAGUUUCUCGGCGCAGCACCACGCCGCGGUGCGCAGAGAAACGUGGGAGGUUUUCUUCUGCACCUUCGCCAACACGCAGCCCGCGCCAAAGCUGAUGGACCUUUGGUGGACGCGGUUUCUGGAGUGGGCGGACAAUCAACAAGCGGCACAGCAAUCGGAUCAUCCAGUGGAAAGCAGAACGACUAGCACAAGCGAUCUCGGCGUGGUGUCAGCACCCAGCGCUCCUCUGCCCUAUCAAGCAGUGCAUGCAGUCUUGGCGUGGUGUGCGCAGUCACGCGACAUAGAGCGCGCUUUAAAGUACUUCAACGCGGUAAACCAGCGCGGUGUCACGCUGCACGCCAGCACCAACUCCGGCUCCACCCUCCCCCUCACGCUGGCUGAUAGCUUCCGUCGUCCUGGCAGCUUAACCGCCAAGUCCACCAGCGCCAUCGUGCAAGAGUUGCAGCUGGCGCUCUUGGUGAAGCUAAUGGCGAGCACCAAGUCGGUAAAGCUGGACGGCGGACUGCGUGCAUUGGUGGUGCGGGACGUGCAGCGGCAAGUUGACCCGGCGGUGUUGUACGCGGCUCCAUGGGGGGUGCUGAACGACUUACUCUCUGGACUGUCUGUGCCGAGUGCCAUGCAACUGCUGCGGCGUUGCUCUCUCGUUACCUCGGAUUGCGCAACAGACGAGCAGGGUGCCGCAGACGGCGCUCCUGAUGAGGCUGCGGAGAAGAAAGCCAGCGGCGUCGACAAGAAAAACGGGCGGGAAAUACCCUUCUACAUUUGGGCCUCCUUGCUGCGUCGCUGCUGCCGGGAGCACCUGCAAGACCAAGCCGAAUCGCUCUUUCUCUUUCUUCGCCGCCAGUUCCGCCUCUCCGUGGCGGAGAAGCGAGAGCUGAUCGAAAUUGUUAUGCGGAUGUACACCACCAUGCAGCCAUCCGACUUCCCGUCGGCGUUGGACUUGUUUUUACAGCAUAUCCUGCGCACACCGCCAGACGAACCGGCCGUUCAGCCAGACGGCGUGCUUUACGAACUCCUCAUCAAAGCGGCCGACUCCCGCAAUGCGUCCAUGAUGCUCUUCUUGGAAGCCUGCGCGAACGGGGUGACGUUGACGGCGGAGUUGUUCGAGGCGCUGAUGAACUCCACGCAGUUGAAGACCGUCGCGUCGCUGAGCCGCAAGCUUCCGCACGACUACGCCAGCUCGUCCUUGGAUGCACAACUGAAGAUCCCGGCAGAGGCGGAUGCGCACCUGCGCCGCGAAGAAGCCCUGCGAGCCCGUGGCAAGCCGCUGUACGACUCAACCGGGGACGCCGGAUAA